CUGAUUCCCAAUUUCUCUCUCUAAAACAAAACCAGAGCAGAAAAUCCAUCCAUGGCUUCCAACGGAACCCCAACCCCUCCCCCCGCCGACGCCAAACCCAUCGUCACCGACGAGGUCCGCCGCGUCUUCAAGAGCUUCGACACCAACGGCGACGGCAGGAUCUCCGUCUCCGAGCUCGGCAACGUCCUCAAGGCCCUCGGCUCCAACGUCGGCGAAGACGAGCUCCAGCGCGUGAUGGUCGAACUCGACACCGACCGCGACGGCUUCAUCUGCCUCGACGAGUUCAACGCCUUCUGGGUGGCCGGCUCCCCUGACGGCUCCUCUGCCGAGCUCAAGGGAGCCUUCGAUCUCUACGACCAGGACCGCAACGGCCUCAUCUCCGCCGAAGAGCUCCACCUCGUCCUCAACCGCCUCCAGAUGAAGUGCUCCGUCGAGGACUGCAACCGCAUGAUCCAGACCGUUGACGCCGACGGCGACGGCAAUGUGAAUUUCGAGGAGUUCAAGAAGAUGAUGAGCAACAACAGCGCCAGCAACGCCGGCACCGUCGCUUCUAACGGCGCGUGAGGUCUAGUUUUCACAAGGUAGUAGUUCGAAUCUUAGAUGAAUUUAGAUCUCUAAAUUAAAUUUCUGGAUCUCUGUGAAGGUGAAAUUAGGGUUCAACUUUCGUAAAAUGCUAUGAAAAUAAUAGUAGUACCGGGUUUAGAUAUGCUUAGUGGAUCUGUGAAAAAAGGGAUUAAUCUCACCUUUUCUUCAUGUACUUAUGGGAUCGAUCUCUUAUGCAAAUCACUAUUUCUC